AUCAGCAGUACUCAUGGUCACCUUCUCAGCACUUCAAUGAAGAAAGAUACUCUCCUGCUCCGAGGAACAUGAAAGGAUUAUCUGGUAGUCGGAACCAACCACAGUUAUGUUCCGCUCAUACUUGUGGCUUAGCAUCCCCUGAAGAUUGUGAGCACACCCACGAUCAUAUCCACCAUGGGCAGGAGCCAAGGCAAUCAUAUCUUCUUAGCCCCACAGAGAGCUGUCCGAUGGACCACCAUCGCUGCUCACCGCGAAGCUCCAUCCAUUCUGAAUGCAUGAUGAUGCCCAUGGUAAUGGGAGAUCACAUGUCUAGUAGCACUUUUCCCAGAAUGCACUACAGCUCACAUUACGAUACUAGGGACGAUUGCGCCAUGUCUCACGCUAACACUAAGAUUAACCGAAUCCCUGCAAAUCUGUUGGAUCAAUUUGAGAAACAACUUCCUCUCCACAGGGAUGGGUUUCACACUUUACAAUAUCAGAGGACCUCAACAGCUGCUGAGCAACGCAGUGAAAGCCCAGGAAGAAUACGCCAUCUUGUUCAUUCAGUCCAGAAACUGUUCACUAAGUCUCAUUCUUUGGAAGGAUCAUCCAAAGGCAAUGUCAACGGGACAAAGGGCGACAGUCGAGGGGACGAUCAUCAUCAUGGACAUCAUUCCAAGCAUAGCAAAAGGAGUAAAAGUAAGGAGCGAAAACCAGAAAGCAAACAUAAAUCUGGAAUGAGUAGCUGGUGGAGUUCUGAUGAUAAUUUGGACAGUGAUAGCACUUACCGAACACCCAGUGUGGUAAAUAGGCAUCAUGCAGAUCAUAUCUCGCACUGCUACCCCGAAGCUCUCCAGGGGCACUUUGGGGAUCUCUCAUUAAAGACUUCCAAAAGUAACAAUGAUGUGAAAUGUUCAGCUUGUGAAGGGCUGGCAAUGACCCCUGAUGGUAAAUAUAUGAAAAGGAGUUCUUGGUCUACACUUACAGUAAGUCAGGCGAAAGAAGCUUAUCGUAAGUCAUCACUUAACCUCGAUAAGCCACUGGUUCAUCAGGAAAUCAAACCUUCCUUGAGGCCAUGCCAUUACCUUCAGGUGCCUCAAGAUGAAUGGGGAGGAUACCCCACUGGUGGUAAAGAUGAGGAGAUCCCCUGCAGGAGAAUGAGAAGUGGAAGCUACAUAAAAGCCAUGGGAGAUGAAGAAAGUGGAGAUUCUGACACUAGCCCUAAGACAUCACCAAAGGUAGCAGCCAGGCCAGAGUCAUUAUUAAAAUCCAUUGGACAGAGGCCACUUGGAGAUCACCAAAACCAGGCACUGCAGGCUGCAAGUGAUGUGCCUGGGGUUCACAACCUGGAUCCCUCUGCCAACUACAAUUCUCCAAAGUUCCGUUCAAGGAAUCAGAGCUAUAUGAGAGCAGUGAGCACACUUAGCCAGGCCAGCUGUGUUAGUCAGAUGAGUGAAGCAGAGGUUAAUGGGCAAUUUGAAUCGGUGUGUGAAUCAGUGUUUAGUGAAGUUGAAGCUCAGGCAAUGGAUGCCCUUGACCUCCCAGGAUGCUUCCGAACAAGAAGCCACAGUUACCUGCGUGCCAUUCAGGCAGGUUACUCCCAAGAUGAUGAAUGUAUCCCUGCAAUGGCAUCUUCCAACAUCACCUCAACUAUCAGGUCAACCACAGCUGUAACUUACACAAGUUACAAAAAAACACCACCACCAGUACCCCCUCGUACUACUUCCAAGCCACUAAUCUCAGUUACAGCACAGAGCAGCACAGAAUCCACCCAAGAUGCAUAUCAUGAUAGCCGGACUCAGAGGAUUUCCCCGUGGCCUCAAGACGGUCGAGGGAUGUACAACUCUACAGACAGUUUGGACAGUAACAAGGCCAUGAAUCUCGCCUUGGAGACCGCAGCUGCACAACGUCAUGCUUCUGAGAAUCAAAGCACCUCAAUACGAACCAGUGACAAGGCCAUUUUAGUGACAAAAGCAGAGGAGUUUCUUAAGAGUCGACGUUCCUCUAUAGGGAUUCAGGUGGAAACGGCAACUGAUUCAGAUACUGAGAGCAGAGGCCUACGAGAAUACCACUCUGUUGGAGUCCAAGUGGAAGAUGAAAAACGACAUGGACGGUUUAAGCGCUCAAAUAGUGUAACAGCAGCUGUACAGGCUGAUCUAGAACUGGAGGGUUUUCCUGGACACAUAACAAUGGAGGACAAAGGACUUCAGUUUGGUUCAUCAUUCCAGCAGCAUUCAGAACCUAGCACUCCUACCCAAUACAGUGCAGUAAGAACUGUACGGACACAGGGACUGUUCAGUUACAGAGAAGAUUAUAGGACCCCAGCUGACACCUCAAAUCUUCCACCACCAGAACCCUGGCUGGAGCCAGCCAUUGAAACAGUAGAAACUGGUCGAAUGUCCCCUUGUCGACGAGAUGGGUCUUGGUUUAUGAAGUUGCUACACACUGAAACUAAGAGGAUGGAAGGAUGGUGUAAAGAGAUGGAGAGAGAAGCAGAAGAAAAUGAUCUGUCUGAAGAAAUUCUAGGUAAGAUCCGAAGUGCUGUUGGAAGUGCUCAGCUCCUUAUGUCUCAGAAAUUCCAGCAGUUUUAUUGGCUUUGUCAACAAAAUCUG